AUGUCACAUGAUAUUCUGAACGACAUCUACCGGGAAACGGAAGGAGAUAAUGAACUCAGUCUAGUAAGGGACUGUAUACAGAACGAUUGGCUACUCAGCAGAAAAAGAUCUACACACAAAUACUGGAAAAUCAAAAACCAGUUAACAGUUGUUGAUGAUCUCGUGUUCAAAGGAAACAGAAUAGUAGUGCCAACAGUCCUACAGCCAGAAAUACUGAAGAGGUUACACACAGGACACAUGGGCAUGGAGAAGACAAAGAGAAGAGCUAGGAACAUCAUCUACUGGCCCAACAUGAACAGAGACAUUGACGAGAUGAUCUCACAGUGCAACACAUGUAUGGACUUCAGGAAUCAAAAUCCUAAAGAACCUCUCGUGUCAACACCAGUUCCAGAUGGACCAUGGCAAACAGUAGGAACAGACUUAUUCACGCUACAUGGAAGUGACUACCUUGUAGUAACAGAUUACUACUCCAGAUUUUUUGAAGUCGUAAAGCUACCAAACACACAAAGCCGUACAGUUAUUGAGAGACUCAAGUCAAUGUUUGCCAGAUAUGGUAUGCCGUUUGAAGUUAUUAGUGACAAUGGAACACAGUACACCUCACAGGAAUUUCGUGAAUUCGCACAAAACUGGAACUUCCAACACACCACAUCCAGUCCAUAUCAUCAACAAGCCAAUGGACUUGCAGAGAGAACAGUGCAAACAGCAAAGAGACUACUGGAGAAAGCCAAGACAGAUGGCAAGGACCCAUAUUUAGGAUUACUGGAGUACAGGAAUACCUCAACGGACACCGGUUCGCCAGCACAGCUUUUAAUGAGCAGAGAGUUGCGCUCUAUUCUACCGAUAACCAAGAAGCAACUUAGACCAAAAACCAUUAACAGAACAGAGACGUACAAGGAAAGGGCACGAAGUCAACAUCGACAACAGUACUACUACAACCGUACUACCAAAAGCCAGAAGGAAAUUCCUCAUGGACACAAAGUUCGAUUCAAACUGAAGAAAGACAGGAAGCCAGCUAACGUCAUCGCUCAAGACAAUCGCUCAUACCAGUUGAUCACGCCAGAUGGGGCCAUGUAUCGAAGGAAUCGAUGGGAUAUCAUAACGUCUAAGGAGAAGAUGUUUCGUAAAGACACAGAUAUCUCUACAGAUGAAGAGCCAAACCCAGAUGUCAGUCAGGGAGAAGUCGUCGACACAAAGAAACCAAAUCUGUUGACAUCAGAAGUCCAACCGAGUUCAGAAAGUGGAUACCGCACGCGGUCAGGAAGAGAAGUGAGGAAACCAAAGAGAUUUGAGGAUUAG